UCGCUGAAAAGGUGCAUGAGUUGUUCUACAUAUCUUAUGUUGUCAAAACAGCCGAAGUGACCCGGCGCCUGCUCGAGGAGGAGUGCGACACGACGCUUCGUCGGUCAGAACCUGGACUGUCACCGGCAAACAUGGUUCCAGAGGAGGAGCAAAGAAAAUAGACGAAGCCAAAAAAAAUCAAUGUGAAUGGUAGGAUACACACUGUAAGUCCUCCGGAAGAGUGCAACGUAGGCAGUCUCAGAUGUGCCUCAGCACGACUUUCCACCACUGUGACAGAAACAGAGGCUGUGGACUUCAGAACACAUUUGGAAGCGAUUCGCGAUGUCUAAAGCUUCUAAGCCUUGUUGCGAGAUGUUGCUAGAUCUUCUGCCACUUCGAUGAUGUACACAGAAGGGAACUUUUCCCCUCAAUCCAAUACCCCAGUUGAAAACCGCAGUUUGUGUGUCGGCGACUUGUCUUCGUUAUGCACAUGCAAUUGCAUGCACAGAGGACGCCGUCUAUUUGAGGUCCACUACAAGCUUGCUCUGAGGGUCACCCGGACGACUUGCAGGCAGCCUCUUUUUGCAGAAGCUGUAAGAUUGGUGCUUUCUUUUCCUACUCUCCUGCCUGUUCCUCUCUCCUUCGGCUUCCUCGGAUUUCCGUGCCGACCCUGCAGUUCUAGGUCGUCUGCGUAGACCGCCAUCAUACGCUGCACAACCGGACAACUUUGUGGUUUUCGUUCCCUGUGUUUGUUUUCGUAGGCCUUUUCUGCAUGCGAUCGUGUCAUCGUGUUACAGUCGUUUCUGCGUCACUUCCAUUCCAUUUUUCAGCCACACCUUUUGUCCCGCACUCGCGACCCAAACUGCUUGUCUCAAGCCUGUGCUCACGCAGAGUGGGUGGCUUGCGUGCCUUGCCGCUCCCUCUCUGUUCUCGAAUUUGCAAUUUGUGCGCUUAUGCUUUAAUAUGUAACUGGUGGUUGGUCUUCCCGUCAAGUCCCUACCGAUCUUUGUCCAGCCGGAAGUGAGUCUACGGUUCCCGUGUUCAGACCUUAGGUUUUCGACUCGUCAACCCGCAGGCGAUCCGAGGUGUGUACACACCCCGGACAUUUGCGUCUCAGUGUCACUGUUUCUGUAUCGUUGACCCCCGGCAUAUUUGGAGUCGAAAAAUCUCUUUCCAACCAGUAAAGCGAAGAGAUUUUCGAAUUUUCCGUUUCGUUACUCGAGCAGCACCGCGUCGGAGAAAACCUUUCAUUUCCCCGCGCGGACACUUGGCGGUCUCUACGGCAGUUGCCGUUCAUCGCAUUCAAAACAAGUCGCUAUGGGUGCCGAAGACGGGAGCAGCGGCGCAAAUGCGCGGAACGCAGACGGCAGCAAUCGGUGGUGUUUGAUCGAAAGUGACCCGGGCGUCUUCACGGAGCUCGUGGAGAAGGUGGGGGUGAAAGGCGUGGAGUUCGACGAGAUUUUCGGCGUCGAUGAGGAGUCGUUCGAGGCACUGAAACAGAGGCAUCGAAAGAUCUUCGGCUUCGUUUUCCUCUUCAACUGGACCAAGGAUGCUGCGGGAGCGGCGACUGGAGAUGCAGCUGACUCGAGCCAAGACGUAGCCAUGGACGAUGCCCUCGGUGCUGCUCAGUGUCCACCAGACCUCUUCUUCGCGAAACAGGUAAUCGAGAACGCAUGCGCGAGCCAGGCGAUCUUGUCCGUUCUUGUCAACAAACGAGAAGAAAUCCAAGAUGUCGGAUCGACAAUCAAUGCCCUUGUUGACUUCACCAAGGACUUUGUCGAUCCUCAAAUGCGUGGAGAGGCCAUAGGCAACUCGGAACUCAUUCGAGCUGCGCACAACUCUUUCAGAAGCUCCAGUCCGUUCGACUGGACAGACGACGACGAUGACAAGGAGAAGGAGGACGCCUUCCACUUUGUGUCGUACAUCUUUUUCAAAGGCCAUGCGUACGAAAUGGACGGCCUGAAGCCCGGUCCCCAAAAUUUGGGUUCCUGCGGUGAGGAUAGCUGGACGGAACUUGUCAGGAAGCGGCUGCAAAGCAGAAUUGCCAAGAUUCAGACGGCCGCAAGUGGAGAGCUGCGUUUCAACCUGAUGGCUGUGACGGAAGACAAUUUGUCGAAAGUGCAGCAAGACCUGUUGCGCGAGAGGGUGGUUAUUCAGCGGGCAAAGAUCAAGCUGAUUAGUUCUGGCCAGGACAUCGAACUGGACGAUGAGGUGGACGACGACCAAGCGCCUUCAGGGACGCCCACGAUGGAGGAACUCCCCGACGACAUCGCCGCUCUGGAAAAAGUUGUUCGGGAAGCGGAGGACAGAAAGAAGCUGCUGAAAGAGCAGGAAGAAGAAGAACUGGACAAACGAGCUCGAUGGAAGAAGGAGAAUGCCCGGCGACGUCACGACUUCGUUCCCUUCCUUCUGACCGUCAUCAAGCAUCUCGCGAGAAAGGGGGAACUGGUCAAAUCCGUCACGGCAGCACAGGAGACGAUCGCGAGGCGGCAGCACGAGAGGAAAAAGGCGAAAACGGGUGCCACGGGUGUCUCUACAUAACUGCAUGCAGUCGACACACCAACCUGGAUUCACCUCUACAUAUGCACAUACACAAAAAUAUAUACACAUAAAUAUAUAUAUAUAUAUAUAUAUGUAUACAUAUAUAUAUAUAUAUAUAUAUGUAUUGUAUGCAUGUGUAGGCGUACAGUGUGUGAGUCUGUACACCUAAAGACAUACGGCACAUGAGUCCAGACGUCUUUGUGUGUAUGCUAUGUGAAGCGGUUCGCGUUGAUAAAUUUGUAUCCAGACCUGGUUCCAUUGCGAUUGUUGUUCUUUUCAAAGAGGAAGAAAACUUUUCGGCGAAGGAAAACGACGCCGGUGUCUCUCUCGAAUGGCGACACAACGCGCGGCGGCUGCGCUAAUCCUCGCGCGUUCGCCGCCGAUUUUGACAUUUCAGCAAUCGUCAAAAGAGACGCGCAUUUUCCAACGUCUCAUAUAACCGUAAAUAUUCAUAUAACCGUGAGUAGCGUAUGCGGUUACCAAUCCAUAUAUAUAUAUAUAUAUAUAUACGUAUGUUGUAUGAUAUACAUGCGGUAUCUAAAUAGGGUGAUGUGUGGAGACAGAUAUGUUAGAGUUGAAAUUCAUUAAUAGAGAUAAAUGCCUAUAUAUAUAUAUAGAGAGAGAGAGAUAGAUAUACAGACAUAUAUAUAGGUGGAUAAAGAUAUAUAUAUAUAUAUAUAUAUGUAUAGGUAGAUAUACAUACCUAUAGAUAGGUAGAUAGAUAGAUAAACGCAUGAGAGACAAGCGUAGGCAUAAGUCGCUACAUGUAGAUAGAUCCACAGAUAAGCAGAUGCACGGAAGUAUUGGUUUAAGG